GCUGCGGUGAAGGUGCGGGAGCGGCCGUCGCGCCCGGGCCUUCUCCGCCGGCAGGGCCCCGACCCCCCCCCGGGCCCGGCCGGCCCGCAGUGGGCCCGCAGCCCGCUCGCCGCCCGCCCGCCCGCAGCUCCGCGCCGGCACCAUGUCUCGAAGAUACGACUCCAGAACUACCAUUUUCUCUCCAGAAGGCCGAUUGUAUCAGGUCGAGUAUGCAAUGGAAGCAAUCGGACAUGCGGGUACUUGCUUGGGGAUUCUAGCAAACGAUGGCGUUCUGCUAGCUGCAGAGAGACGCAACAUUCACAAGCUCCUCGAUGAAGUUUUUUUUUCAGAGAAAAUAUACAAACUUAAUGAGGAUAUGGCUUGCAGUGUUGCAGGAAUAACUUCCGAUGCCAACGUUCUGACAAAUGAACUGCGACUGAUUGCCCAGAGGUAUUUGUUACAGUAUCAGGAGCCCAUUCCUUGUGAGCAGCUGGUAACCGCGCUGUGUGAUAUCAAGCAGGCCUACACCCAGUUUGGAGGAAAACGUCCUUUUGGUGUUUCACUGCUGUACAUUGGCUGGGAUAAGCAUUAUGGAUUUCAGCUGUAUCAAAGUGAUCCUAGUGGAAAUUAUGGAGGAUGGAAAGCCACAUGCAUUGGGAAUAAUAGUGCUGCAGCUGUGUCAAUGCUAAAACAAGACUACAAAGAAGGGGAAAUGACCUUAAAGACUGCGCUUGCGUUAGCCAUUAAGGUUCUAAACAAGACCAUGGAUGUUAGCAAACUCUCUGCAGAGAAAGUUGAAAUUGCUACACUGACCAGAGAGAACGGAAAGACAGUGAUAAGGGUUCUGAAGCAGAAGGAGGUGGAGCAGUUGAUAAAACAACAUGAGGAGGAGGAAGCAAAAGCUGAACGUGAAAAGAAGGAAAAAGAACAAAAAGAGAAGGAUAAAUAGAAUAUGAAAUCAAAUAUUCUGUAGAUAAUACAGGACCUGCUUCAGUAAAAGAUAAUCUGGAUUUCUGUUUUGUAGCAGCCUACAAAUACGCCAUGAAUUUGUAUGAAACCAGAAUUACUUUUGCUGAACCAGGUCCUUAAUCAUCAUUCAGAUAAUUGAUUUUCCGCUCCUUAUAUUGACCAAUAAUUGCUUUAAUUCUCGAACACUUUCUUUCAUCUUCUAUUUUUUAUUAUGGAAUAAAAUUUAAGAAGAAUAGUGAUGAGUGUCUUUAUUUCCUCAGUAAUGCCUGGUUAUGCACAAUCUUGAGGGAGUUAAUCGCUUUAAACCAUUAAAGGUAUAUGCUAGUUGGUAAAGAACAAAUAUGGUGUUAGAAUUGUUAGACUUUUGUGUGUGUGCGUGUGGGGGGGUCUUUUAAAGUAGUGAAAGGGGCUCCUAAGUUUGGAAAAUCAUUCGUGAUCACUUCACAAAUACUGAAAUAAAGUGUGCUGGCAUGCCAAGUUUUAAUUUUGGCCUAUUUUGUUCUAUUAACAGGCUGUGUCAAACUGAUGGUCUUGCAAGCAGUAGUAUUUUAAACAUGCCCUGUAGCAAAUGUGUUCAGUUUAGCAUAACCUUUCAUGAGUGCAUGUGUUUUCUAUGAAAUUAAUCAUAUAACACUAGUUAGAGUCACACAAACUAGAAAGACACUUUACAAAGGCCAUGGGAAAAUGAUAAGCUAACUUGUCCAAAUACAAAUAGUUAAAUAAUAGUGUGCAAUUUUUAGGCCAUGUUGACUAUUUUACAUUUUAUCCUGAAAAGAAGUAUACAUGUUUUAUAUUUAGCUUAGUGUUGCUGAUACUUCCCCAAAGAAUUCAGUUCCCUUAUGUCAGACAACAGCCUAGAAAACUAACCAGUUAACCACUUGAGAAAUCAUAAUAUAUGUACAUGAAUUAAAAAACAGAAUAAUUUUUGUUGAGAUUAUUAUUUUGCAUUCAGAAUAGGGACAAAAAUUUCUGCUAGUUCUGAAAAUGAUUGGGAAUUUAUAGAGAAAAUGUAAACAAGUUAGUUAAAAUUGUUUUACACCCCUUUAAAUUGUAAAAAGCAAGAUGAAAAGCCCACUCAAUUAACCCAUUCUUAAUCAAGAGGCCUUACCUGCUGUUCUUCAAGCUGUGCUAGUUGAUUCAGCCUCUGUGGCUGACCCGGAUUGAUUGUGUGUGUGUGCAUGCGCGCGUGAUAUCCGAUGUUGAUAGGAUUUAAUAUGACCAUUUAAAGCAAGUGAGUGAAUCCAUACCUUAUUUUUAACCUAUCCCAGAUGUUUUCACUGAUAAAAUGUACAUUGUCAACAGGGCCAGAAAUUACCCUUAGUCUCAACAAAACCCAUUUUUGAGCUCAUUGCUGUAAGGUUUGCUGUUGAGUACAGAGGAAGGAAUCUGGCUUGAGGUGUCUGUGCUGCAGCUUGCAUAGAUGUACUGCGCUCACUUCAGCAUCUUCUCUACAGGCAGCGGUGUGGAGUGAUGUGGGUUCUAAGCAGGCUGCAGUACUGUUGUUAAUUUUGCAAGUCUCAGUGUAGGACAAUUGCUUUAGUAUUUUAUACUCAGUACUUUGUUAGUUUUCAAAUUUGAUAGCUAAUAAAGGUUAGAAUUUUUUUUUGCACCUUGUGCAAUAUUAGAUCUUUGCUUCCAUAUCAUAACAUAGGAAUGAUAUGUAGCAAGUUCUGAAUAGUUGCAGACACCAUCUGAUGAGUAAGGUUUAAUCUCCACUAUACAUGGAGAUUACAAUCCUCUUUAUAGGACUGUAUAAAUACCUCAAGCUCCAUUUUUAUGUAGAAAAUAUAGUGCCCAAUCUUCUUAUUCUUUGAUGCCAUAAAUGCAAUAUUUCAGCGUCUUUUGCAGAUUUCUAAAUCAAUGGGGAUGGUUGUUAUACCAAGAGCUCAGAAUAUGCCCUAAAAGUAGCAAUGCUGAAUGGGAGCUUUUCCCACCUUGUCAAAGAUCACUUGAAACAGAACAUGAUAGACUCCAGCAAUGCUUUCUGUCUUCUAGGAAUCCAUUAGAGCAUUUAAGUCACGGUUCACCAAUGUAUAUAAAUCAUGCAAGGUAAUCUCACUGUUGUGCUACAAAUAUUACUAGAUAAUUUAGGUUGUAAAUGUAUUAAAAUAUUUUUUCCUAAGUUAUGGUAUUUCUAACAAAAAGGGGAAAAUGAAUACAUGUAGGUCUUUGUUUAAAGAAUUGUCAAUAGUAUUUCUUUGCCAAACACUACAUCAUUUCCUGGUAAAGGGGAGCUUUUCAGAUACUGUAGUAAACAUUGGAAUGAUUUAAAUUUUCUCAUCUCUACUCUGUUACGUGUAAGGAAACGUGAUAAGUUGUGUAGUUACAUUGCAUUUUAAAAGGUCUACUUAUUGAAAGGUUUUGUUUACUAAAAGUAUUGGCAAAUAUUUAACAAGUGUAAUCUUUGAACAGUAAUAACCAUUUUAUUUUUAAAAGCUCCAUCUCUACCGAGUGCUAUUAUUAGCUGAUUGUGAGAUGAGUCUCUACUGCCUUGGAAUAUGCAAGUAACUACAAUAUUAAUAAUAAGCUGUACGCUAGCUAACACCCAUAUCCAAAACUAUCAGUAGCAUUCCGCUAAACCUCACGUCUGAUUCUUGUCUGCAUUUGAGCCUAGGACAGUAAGCAGAUGCUGGAGAUUUUCUGUUGGAUUGAAUCUUCCUGGGACAUUCUGACAUCUGAUGCAAAUUUCUUACCUGUUUUUCCUAGAAAUAGGGCAGCCUUUGACUGCUCAGGCCUACUGUGUUGAUUCUGGCUUUGUGUGUUUAAAAAAAAAUCACCACUAUCUGUGCCUUUUCUGGGAGUGGUUUGGGGAUAAGUCGUAAGAACAGAAAAAUGAUUCUGGCGAUACAUUUCUUUGCUAAUCAAAUGAUCUUCCUGUUCUUUGUAUUUAUUUAUUUAUUGGGUGUAUGUAGUGUUUAUGUAGAAUUUACGGUGUAUUACAUAAGUAUUUCAAAUAUUUAGCUAUUGCUGUGGAUUAAAUGUUAUUUUAACACCAGAACUUCAUGUGGUGCUGUGGAAGGUGACAAAUUUUUCAAAUUAGGUAGAAGUAUUUACUUGAAAUUGUUUGCAUAUUAUGAUGUUAGUAAACUUAAAGACUGGAUAGUUUAUAUCUCACUUGACUGCAUGAUAGAACUUGCUAGGACAGGUACUCACACAUAGAUGUCCUAAUAAAUUGUAAUGUGCUUUGUUACUCUUAAGUAGUUUAACGGAUAAUGAAACUACUGCUUCUCCAGUAAUACCUGUGCUGUCUCUUGCAUUUGUUGGUGUUUAGGAAAAAAAAAAGUUAGCUUGUUUUCUAGAUUAAUGUAUUCUGUUCAAAUAAAGUCAAUUCAACUUCUAA